AUGGAGGAGGAAGGCAAGCAGAUCAUCCAAGAGUUGGACGACAGGCGGUCGGUGCUCACUGGGAAUAGCGGUGUGAGGCGGGUGAAAAUGAGUCAUGACAUCAGUUCUCUGAACCAGAAGGUGCAGGCCUUGAACCAGAAGACGAACGAGGACAGCAACCUCCCGGAUGACAGCCAGCUUUCCGAGGACACGAAGCAGAUGCUGGAUGCCACCUUCGGCCUCCUGCACAGAUAUCGGACCCAUCGUGGAAAGACGCUGAGAAUAGUGGAGAAGUUCGCCAUGGAAAGGGAUGGCGCCAAGACCCGCACAGAGUCUGCGCUGACGAAGAGGAUGGAGCAGCUCACGCAGAGGAAGACGGAGCUCGAAUCCCAGCUUCGCGAGCUCCGUUCCACGGUGACCAAGGCCGAGAGGGAGCUCGACAGCUCCUAUCGGAAGCUUGCCCCGGACGACACUAGCAAGAAGGAAAAGCUCGCUGCCGAUUCGGAGCUCCUGUCGAAGCUGCGGAAGAUGAGAGACAAAGUCGAUGAGGACUUCAGAGCCAAAUGUACGGCACUGGAGAUUGAUAGCACCUGCAAGCGAGUCAAUGCCGCUAAAGCUGGAGAGGCCAAGUUGAAGAAGGAGACCAACAUGCUUCGCAUGAAGAGCGCCUCCAAUCUUCGGAGCCAAAGCCACGGGCGGUCGGAGCUCCAGCGGCCGGAGAGCGCCCCGGGAGCUUCCAGGUCGCUGAAAGCCGGCGCAGCAGCCGGGCUCGCGCCAUAG